AACAAUAACAUCUAACACUAACAUAAUUAUCUAAACAAUAACAUAAUUAUCGUGAUUAUAAUUAUUACGGCUCGAUACUCCGUGAAUUAUUUUCGUUUUAUUCUUUCCGACGUUACGAACACUUCGCAGUUUCUAUGGUCACGAAUGACUAACGUGUUAUUCGUCGGCCUAUGAGUAUUGAUAAAUAUCCUCAAUAAAGAUAGUUUAUCAAAGGAAACAAAGUUUACUGAAAAGAAUAAAAGCAGGAACCGGUAUAUUAUGCAUGUUGUAGUCGUUUUUGUCUCGCAUCGCAAUGGCCUACCUCGCUUUUACCCUAACCUUGCUCGCAGCAGCUAGCUGCAUCUCAGCCAACAACCUUGGCACUAGAGUGCCUAUCAGUGACCGCCCCAGUUUGGCUCAAGUUGAAGUCGCCCUGGGCAACGUUUGGAUCCAGCAGUGUGCUGGUGCCGUACUCACCAACUUCCAUAUCCUGUCUGUUGCCACUUGUUUCUCUGGAGCCUUCUACCGGCCCGAUACUCGUCGUAUUCGUCUCGGUUCUGACAUACGAAAUGAAGGCGGCUUGAUCGUGAAUGUGUUACUUGCCAAUAACCAUCACUCAUUCGAUCCCACGAAUAUGGCCAGCGAUAUUUCCGUUGUCCGUCUUAGUUCAGCAAUCACCCUUGGUGGUAAUAUACAACAAGCCUCAGUCAUCCUUCAAGGAGUACAUGUGCCCCCUCGCUUAAGCGUCGAGCUCAUCGGUUGGGGAAACACUCCGCAAGGAGGUGCAGUUACCGACGAUAACCUAUACGGUCUGAGCCUCACCACAGUAGACCGAUACACCUGUAGGAGCAAAUACGAAGACAGGGAAGUUACCAAUACAAUGCUUUGCUUUGGCUUACCCAGGGAGGGCGGUCGUGACUUUUUUACCCGUGACGUUGGUGCUCCCGUUUUCUAUCAGAACGCUUUGAUCAGUCUAAUAUCCUUCGGGGAAUCUGAUGCUAAUAACGAGUACCCUCUGGUCGGUACCGGCAUCAGCGAUUACACGAACUGGAUUAUCGAAAACGCUGCUUCAUAAGAGCUACAUGAAAAUAUCAUUUCAAAUAAAUUAUUUAAUUAACAAA